AUGCGAGCCCCUGACUCCUGGUACGAGCGGCGCCACAGGCUCGAGACGCAGUACGGCAUGGAGUUCGUCCCGUUCUAUUCCCACACCGACCCCUACUUCGUCGUCUUGCGCUUUGAUGUAGUACUCCCCAUGAAUGUGCCUAAUAUCCGCGAGGUGACCUGCCAGCUGACUUACCAGAUCAAGCAGCGUUUGGAAACCAAGAGUUUCAAGCAGCUCGCUGUUCGGCUGCCUCCGACCAAAGCUCGCAUCAAGGUCAUCUAUGACCUGCGAAGACUCGGGGAUGAGCAAGACCCGAGCAAGACGACCGCUGCGAUGAUCUACCGCGCCGUUCAGAAGGAGCUUGGCCAGUAUGAUCACGACUAUCGUGAGUUCAGCAACAUCGCGAAUAUGUACCGGGUCGCGGACGAGGAUGUUCCCUACUUUCGGGUGCAGUUGGAGUACUGGGAUAGAAUCUAUGCCAGGAGGAGAGCGCUUAAUAUCAACAUUGAUGUGACGGCAACCAAUGUACGUGAUGAAUGUGAUGGUGAUGUGGGUGAAUUUCUAUGA